AUGUUUGGCUGUAAAGCUAAAGUCGGAUUAAAUAGUCUUCCUAAAGAGGUGCUAGUUGAACUAUCAACAGAGGAAGAGCUAGAAUCUAUAUUAAAUGAAGACGAAAACCAGUUGCACGAGGAGAGGGAAGCCGAGCCCAAUAUUACCGACCCUGUGAUUAAUGAAGAGGAAGAAAUCGAAAGCGAUACUAUAAUUUCAAACGCUGAUUUGCAAAAUGAAAUUGUAGAUAAGCUAACAGGAAAACCUAAUAAGGAGACCGACAACCAAGAAAAUACUACAGGUCUCUCAAAUAUAACGCAAAGUGAUGAAGAAUUAGUAAUUGCUCUGGAUAAAAAGAAACAAGAUAUUAGAGACAUCAGAAAAUUAGUUGGACAAUCACUGAAGAAGCAAGCAGAUAAAAUGUUAGCUCUAUCUUCGGUAAAAUAUCCUGCUGCUAGUACGGGUGAUAAUGUAGUGGUAAAAAUUCCUGAUGUAGAUCGCGCCAAAGCCGAUGAUAGAAACAUUAUGGCUGUUAUAAUUUCUCAGGAGACAGAAGGAAUGUAUAAAUUAGGAACUAAGCAUGGGAUUCUAAAUCAACUUUACGCAAGAAAUCAGUUCACUGUCUGCAAAGAAACGUUUAUUACAAUUGAUAUCGUUCCCCAACACGAAGUUAACAUCAGAGAAUGUGCAAAAAAAGAGUCACAUCUUGGCGGCCAAGGAUUUCAGCACUGUAACUGUACUGGAGAAUGCGUUUCUAAUAGGUGUAAAUGUAAAAAGUCAAGCCUCAUGUGUAACUCAAAAUGUCACAAGAGCCUUACUUGUAAGAAUAAAUAA